AUGAGCCCUUUGGUUUUUUUAUUAUUAAUCAUUAAAAAUGGGUUAACAUUCAAUUGUAGUGGUUCAGGAUGUAUUAAUUGUAUUGGAGAUGAGUUGUGUGAGAAAUGUAAAGAUGGGUAUGAACAAACAACAAGUUGCUUUAAUUGUAUGAUUGUUAAUCCUUUUCAAGCUUUUUCAGAAUCAAAUCCUCUUUAUAUGAUGUUUAAUUCUGAAUGUCUUCAAGUAAGUACAGAACAUAUUAAGAGAUAUUGGGAUCCAAGAGGGGCAGAAGAAUUAACUAAAAAUAAAGAAGUUCAAUUUAAGAUUAUCAAUACUAUGAUUCCUGCUUUUGGGAUAUGUGAAAAUAAAGAUACAAAUAAUAGAUAUAAAUAUGGUAAAUAUUUUCAUUAUACUAUUCCUAAAAGUACUACAACACAAAACUAUCUUAAUGUUCUUGUCAAAAGUGAUACUCCAUCAGUAAAUUUUAGAAUUGAAAUUACAACUGAUGAAUUUGAUCCAAAUAAUUUAACUGACUCACCUAAAUGUUUUGCACUUUAUGUACUUGGAACAUCAAAAACAACUGGAUUUAUUUCAUUAAGAGUUCCACAAGAAGGAGGACAUUAUUAUCUUUUUGUUGGAAUGAAGAGAGGAGUUGAUUGUACUUUAACUGUUUCAGUUGUAGAUAAUGAAAUAAUUAGUCCAUAUUAUCAAGUAGAAGAAAUUGAUAUUAACAAUUAUGAAGGAGAGAUUUUGUCUCAUACAAUUGACUUUUCAUCUAUAGGGACUUAUGAUUAUUCUGAUUGUUCAAGUAUUCCAACGGCAUUAAAAAUGAUUAGGUUUCAUUUAAAAGGAAAAAUUAAACAAGGAAUGAGGUUAUCAUUAGAAAGUACAAAUGGAGAUGGUCAAAUUUUUGAACAUUCUCUUUGUGAAUCAAAAUUUGGUCCUUGUAAUUGUAUUGAAGGAUUCAGAACAAGAAGGGAUAUAUGGUCAUUAAAUGGACAACAUGGAAAUAUAUUUUCUAUUGAUGAACAUGAUGAACUUGGAUGGUUCUCAUUAUUUACAACAGAUGUUUUUAUGAAAACAACAUUAGUUAUGAAAUAUAUUUGUCCAAAUAAUUGUAAUCAAAAUAUUGGAGGAGGUCAAUGUAGUACAAUUCUUUCUCAAUGUAUUUGUACUGAUGAAAGAUAUGGAGGAGAUGAUUGUCAUUUAUUAUGUUAUUCAAAAGAAAAAUGGACUAUAUCUGAUACUAAUGGAAAGUGUAGAUAUGGAGUUGAAAAUUGUGAUACUUAUUGUCAAUGUCAAAAUGAUACAAUUGCAGAUCAAUUCUAUUGUGUAACUCAAGAAUGUUGGAAUUAUAAAAUAAAAAAUGAAAGUUAUAAUGAAGAUGUAACACUUUGUGAGAGAGGUUCUUCUCAUUGUCUUCCUACUUGUCAAUGUGAAAAAGGCUAUUCAUUAAUUGAAGGAUAUUGUGUGAGUGAUUUAUGUGGAAAUGGUAUUUAUGAUAUUGGAGAAGAAUGUGAUGAAAAAGGGUAUUGUACAAAAUUUUGUAGAUGUGAAGAUGGUUAUGAACAAGACAUUAAUGAUUUAACUCAUUGUGUUCAUAAAGCAAUUUCAAUGACUGAAUUAAUAUCAGUUAUAAUUGGAAGUAUAAUUUUAUUAUUUGCUAUUGUAAUUAUUUCAAGUAGUAUUUUAGUACUUGUCUUUGCUAGAAAUAAUUAUACAAGAUUAUCUGAUAUUCCAUUUAAUGAAAAACAACCAUAUUAUUAUAUUGAUAAAACAUUAUUAAAAGAGCAAAAAGAAAUUAAUGAUUCUUAUUUUCAUUUUGAUCAUAUAAUAAUUACAUUUGGAUUAAAAAAUAAAAAUAUUAAAUUAGAAGAUACAAGAUAUGAAACAUUUAUUCUAAAUAAUACUUCAAAUGAAUUUAUGUUAUUUAUUGUUCAUGUUCCAAAUUCUAGUAAAUUUACCUUUUAUUCUUAUCCUCAAACUAAAAUCCUUCUUCCGAAAACUAAACAAAAAAUUAUUUUAUUUUUUACUGCUCAUUGCACUACAACUAUAGAAAAUUAUAGUCUUAUUGUUAGUUGUUACCAUUUUAAUAAUAAAGAAAUUCUUUCUCAAUUUGAAGAAUUUAUUAAAGAUAAACAUAAUUUAGAUGAAAAAGAAUUUAAAUUAUAUUAUGAAAUGGUAAAUCAAAUGAAAUCUAAUUAUUGUAGCCUUAUCAUAAAAGGUGAAAUCGAAACAUCACUUAUAAUUGAUCAAGACGAAUUAUUAAUAAAUCAAGGAAUAAUUGAAGGAUCAAAGAGAAGACACCUUGGGUUAUAUCAUAAUAUUCUCGUUUGUAUUAAACAAAUAAAUUUAGGUUCUUAUCAAAGUGAACAAAAACAAAAGUUAAAAGCAUUAUUUCAACGUUCAACAACACUUUUGAAGAAUAUUAGAUCUCCUUAUGUUGUAUCAACAAUUGGAUAUAUUAUGACUGAAGAAGCAAUAUCUAUUAUUAAUGCACUUUAUCCUCUUAGGAGUUUAGAUUUAUGUAUGUAUUAUGAAAAAAGUAAUAUUGUAUUACCAUAUAAAUUAAAAUUAAAAAUAAUGAGAGAUGUUGAAUGUGGUUUACAUUAUCUUCAUGAAUCAAAAUUACUUCAUAAUAACCUUAAACCAUCAAAUAUUAUUCUUAAUUCUCUUUUUGAUACAACAAAUACAGUUGCUUUAAUUACUGAUUAUCGUGUAACAAAAGAACUUAGUGAAGAAAUGGAAAAUUUUGGUUAUUUUAUUGGAAAUCCAAAAUACGAUGCUCCAGAAUUAUAUAAUAAUAUCUUUGUUCCUGAGAGUGAUGUAUUUUCUUUCUCUAUUGUAUUUUGGGAAUUAUUUUAUGGAGUUCAUGCUUUUAGUGAUUUAAAAACAACAUACGAAAUUAAAUCUUCUAUAAUAGCUGGAAAACGUCCAGAAUUGAAAUCACCUAUGCCACAAGAAUUACAAAAUCUACUCAAACAAUGUUGGAAUGAUGAUUAUCAUGAAAGACCAUUAUUUAAUAUUAUUAAUCCACAACUAACUAAACUAAUUGAUUCUAGUGAACAACAUCAAGAUCUAGAUAUUAAUGUAACUACACAAAAAAUAAAAGAUGUAUUUGAAGAAAAUAUACAUAUAUUUGAAAAACAUGGAAAGAAAAAAACAAUGAUUUCUUUCACUGAAUAUCAAAAAACUGAAGAAAAGUAA